UCCGACCGUAUGGACCUUUGACUCCCGGGGGCCACGCAUUAUCGUAUUGCAUGAAUGGACUCCUCGCAUGAUUUGUCACGGUAUGGGCAAUCUUAGUAGCUGCAUAUGUUUGGGGGGGGGGGGGGGGUGCACAGAAACCAUUGCGAGCGCAGCCCAGAAUUGGUCAGCUCUACUGAUAGUUGCGAAUAUUUAUGGGCUGGCGGUGUCAGUGCUUGCGUAUAUGAAGGCUUACAUAUGGCCGAGCCAUAAGAGCAAUCAGAGAUUUAGCGGCUCCAUCUGUCACGACUUCCUUGCCGGAAUUGAAUUGAACCCUCGCAUAGGGCGCCAUUGGGAUCUCAAAAUGUUCCAAAUUGGUCAACUGGGUAUGAACUCUUGGGUUAUAAUUGAUCUCUCGUUCGUGGCUCAGCAAUACAAGAAUUAUGGUGAGGUUUCUAACUCUAUGCUGAUUGUUACUUUCUUCCACGUUUUGUACGUGGUGGACUUCUUUCUCAAUGAGCAAUGGUACUUAGCAACUAUCGACAUUGCCCAUGACCAUUUUGGCUUCGCCUUGGCAUGGGGUUCUGCUGUUUGGUUGCCCGUAGUGUAUACCUCGCAGGCCCAGUACCUUUCCUUACAUCCUGUGAAUCUCUCGCCAUGCGCAAUCAUUAUAAUUCUCACGGCUGGCAUCCUGAGCUUUGCGCUCUUUCGACUAGCGAACGAUCAAAAACAGCAGUUCCGGCUGACGAAGGGGAACUGCCUGAUUGGUGGCAGCAAGCGUCACAUAAUUCAAGCACAGUAUUCCACAUCGGAUGGGACAAUCCACCAGUCGUCUUUACUAUGCUCUGGUACGUAA